GAUUUUUCCAAAAAACAAAAAAAAAACCUGAAAGGUUUUAAUAAAAGAAGGGCCAAGUAGAGCAAUAGCAUUAUGGAGAAGAAAAGGGAAACGUGGGGGACAUGGGAAGAGCUAGUACUGGCAUGCGCAGUAAAACGACAUGGUUUUAAGAACUGGGAAUCCGUUUCCAUGGAACUCCAAACCGCAACCUCCCUCCCCCGCCUCCUCACAUCCGCCGAUAGCUGCCGCCAAAAAUACCACCACCGCUUCAACGAACACGGCGACGAAGAAGAAUAUAUUAAUAAGCUUAGAAAAACGCGGGUUGCUGAGUUAAAGCAAGAGCUCCACCGUUGUGAUAUUUCUAUCAACUGUCUGCAGCUGAAAGUGAAGAGAUUGGAAGAAGAGCGCGUGCAACAACAGAAUAAAAUUGAAGCGGAGCCGGACAAAAAAUGCUCGCUUUCGGGAGAUGAAUCUGACCGGUCAGUGAACGAGUCGAAUUCUGAGGUGGAGGAAGGGAAGAAACCGACGGACGAGGUGCAGAGUUCGGCGAGGAACAGCAAAAGAAGGGAUGAGAUCUGGCUCCACAAUAAAUCGGAGCCGUUGAUGCAAAUUAUUAGGGACCAUAGAUAUGCUUCUCUGUUUGAGGGCCCACUUGAAACCCAGAAAACGGACGUGUAUAAAAAUACGAUCAGGCAGCAUCUGGAUUUGGAAACAAUUCAGACGAGAUUGGAGCAAGGAUCCUACUCUUGUUCAAAUCUGUUAUUCUUCCGGGAUCUUUUGCUUCUCUUCAACAAUGCUAUUGUUUUCUUUUCCCAGUCCUCUAAUGAAUGGAGUGCGGCCUAUGAACUUAGAUCGAUUGUCUCAAAUGAAAUUAAAAAAGAAACUCACAAGUCUGAGCUUACAGCAACGCCACAGGAUAUUCCACCUCAGCCCAAAAUUGAACUUGAAAGAUCAGACUCGUUACUUGCUAAACACAAGGUUUCAGCUCUGAUCGUAGUCUGUCGCAAGCGGAGUUCAUUGUCAGCUAAGCCUUCUGCUUCUAACAUUGGCCAAAAUACCGAACAGCAACAGCUACAGCCACCGAAACAACAGGAAAGCAACGAAAAUGACGUGCCUAGCGGUCCAAAGACGCCUAUUGUUGAGCAGAGUUCAUUAAAGAUAGAGCUGAAAGAGAAACUUGUGACGGGCACGAGAAGCUCUAGAAGAAGCAAAAAGAAUAUGGCAAUUAGUCCGAGCAAGAAGCGAAAUGCGAGUCCUAGCAUAAAGGUUGACAAGUUGGAAACUCCUAAAACAGAGAAGAAGAAAACCGAAGUAGUGGCGUCGGAUAAGAAAAGAAGUGCGGCGGAUUUUUUAAAGAGAAUAAAGAAAAGUUCACCGGAGGAGACCGCAAAGAAAAAUACUAGGACAGCUGUUGAUAAAGGGAAAGACAGAGCAUUGAGAACAAAAGGUGAAGUUGAAGAGAAUAGUCCAUCGAAAAAAAAUGUCGGACGGCCAUCCAAGGUUGUCAAGCUUUCAGGAAAGCGUGGGAGGGAAAGUGGUGGAAAGGAGGCGGCAAAGCGGCCAAUCAAGCGGUCUAGGAGGUAAUUAAGUUAUCACUGUAAUAUUGUUUAUUCAACUCUUGUAAUUCUUGUUCCAUAUGUAGAACUAAUUGUAGCAGAAAAUGCUGAAUAUUGUAACUUGAUUUAGUGUAAUGUGACAAACUGUUCACCAGAA